GAAUAUACUUCCUUGCCUCCCUAGAUAAAUACAGCCUUGAACAUGAAUUUGGGCAACCCACUCCUAAUUACAUUCCUAAUUAUCUUGUUCAGCUUGGAAGCUUAAACUAAAGAUCACAGCUCAGAAGGGGCAGUUUUCUCAGUGAAGAGAAGAAAGAAGUAGACUUCUUCAAGGAUCUGUGUUUAGACCAAUAUUUUUAAUCUACUCAUUAAAGAUAAGGGUUCUGUAUCCAUGAAUGACAAGGUUCACGUUCAUUUGGGAAGCCAAAUUAUUCUUUCCGGACCCAGACACACUUACAGACCACCUCAUUUAAGGUGGACAAAGGACUCUGCAUUUAUUGCAGAGUAUAUAGAUAAUGAUACUGAUAUAACAAAAAAUCAACCAGAACCAAACAAAUAUCAGUUAUUUCUUAAUGGAAGUCUGAAAAUAAAUAGAUUGAAGAAAAUAGAUGCUGGAAAUUACAAAUUAGAAGCAUUUGAGGAAGAUGGCAUACAUUUAUUUGAUGGAUUAAUUACUUUGCAAGUUGAUGAUCUUCAACCAAAACUUACUGAGCUUUGUUCCCAAAGAACAUUGGCAUGUGAGGUGCAAGCUUCUGAAGAACCAAAACCCAGAUUUAAAUUGUUUCAAGAUACUAAAGAAAUUAAAAUCUUUGAACAGCCAAUAUAUGAAAAUGUGACAUGGAAGCUGACAUUGCAAUUAAAAGUCCUUUCUGGAAAAUUCAGAUGUGAGAUUGAUAUUAAUUCUGAGAAGAAUCAUACUGAGAAACAAAUAACAUGUCCGGCAGGAGAUUCCCUUAAUUUGGGACUUAUUUUCUUCAUCCUGAUCAUCAUGGGAAGUGUAGUCAUAAUGAUCAUCUUUUUGGCUCUGGUUAUUUACUGCAUCAGAAGGAAGAAAGCAAAAAGAUAUGAAAGGGAAGCUGAGGAGUACGCCCUGCAACUCCAGAUUAAAAAUCAUAUGAAACAAAGGAAACUUCCUGAGAUUCCUGUUUCUUCUGGCUCUAAUCCACCACCUCAAAAAAGCAUGUCUCCCCCACCCCCUUCUGAAUUGAAACAACAGACUGGUUCUUCCAAAUCAUGCCCUCAUCCGAAACCACCCCGGCGGGUAAAAGAAAGACCUUAGGUAUUUUUGUGUUGCAUACUUACCUCUGAGGAAGUACUUUUGCUUUCCAUAUUACCAUUGCGAUUUCUGUGAACUCAUGAUUAGCCAGCCGACUCUGAGUAGGCUUAAAGUGUGGCUGUUAGAUUAGUUAAGAACCAAAACCAGGAAAUCAGAAGAUUCAGAGUAACUUAUUAUUCCCGCACAAAAAGCUAUAUAGGUCUUCAUGACUACUGAUAGAAUAGAUUUGACCUAGUUUAAUGAUUGUAUGACUGCUGUUGUUUUCAAACAAUUUAAAUAUUUUUCUGUAUGGCUUAUUGUUUUGUAUUUUGUUCCUAAUCAUUAUAUAUGUAUAUAUUAAUGUUUUUACUAUAUCUUUGUAGCUUUGCAAUAUAUUUUUGUAAGAAUUUAAAGCAAUAAAAAGAAGAAAUUUGAAUAGAAAUAAGACCAGAAUAUGCACUUAUGAAAAUGGAUAUGUUUUUCAAUGAGAAAAGUCUACUAGAAAAUUGAGGACAUUACUGAUACAGUCCCUGCCAAAUGAAAAGUUUAUGACUAUUGAUAUGUGCUGUUUUGAAGAAAUGGACGUAAAAUUUUUUUCUCGGGAUGAGGUAGGAAUAUUGAUGCUUUUUUAAAAAAACAAACAUUAAGUUUCAAAAAAAGAUAAAAUAUAAAUUAACAAAAAGAAAGAAGAUUAAAAGAAGCAGUAAGGGAUCAAAAAAAAAAACCCUAGAAAAAUUAGAAAGUGACAAGUGGAAAAAAUACUGAAAAAUGACUUCCAAUUUUUUUUUUGUACCUGUGUUGAGGAACAUUGUUUAGGAAUGUGGAUAUUUUUUUAAAAAAAAGAAUUAUCUACUUUUUCAUUACAAAAAUAAAAUGAUUUUCCCAUUUCCAAGGUGGUCACACAGAGAAAUUUGAAAGUUCACCUGCAGAUCAGAGUUAUAUCUAAACAUUAAAAAAAUGCUUAAUAUCAAUUAUAAUUACCAAACAAGCCAGAUUCAAACUGCAGAGAAAAAGAUGGCUUGUUUUUAAUAAAAUAAAUAAGAUCCACAAUUUGUGUUUUAUAUUUUAUAUGAAACUGUAGUCAAUGAAAUAUAGAAGUUCAGACUUCAAGCCACUUUGCAGCUGCACAGUAGGAGAGGGAGAGAAACAAGUGCAAAAUACAUUGUUAGUCUUACUCUUUGUACAUUAAACUAUAGCUUAGCACAGAGUCAGCAGGGGUGCUCCCCAUCUUUGCCUUUCCCAAGAGUUUAUUGAUCAACUUGGGCAGUAUCACCAAGCCCUUUAUCAAAAAAUCCUUGGGAAUCCCAUGUUCGGCCAUGGGAACCUUGUGAUCUGAAGCAUGAUGAAUGGAGUACAGGAGACAAGCCACUUGUGCAAAUGUCACUGUACAUGAAAUUAAUGGUGGGAAUGGACGCUCUUGCUCUAUUCUUUGCUCUUAUUGUGAGUUUUGCUCAAUUUAUAUAUUUCACUUUUGUAUUCAUAGUUCGUCUUCUAGAGACACUUAAUCAAAAGCAUCUUCAGUUAGAAUCUGAAAAAUAAAAUAAACAAUAAUAAGAAGAGUAUGAACAAAAGACAAUUGUAAAAUAUAUUUAUUUCAAACAUUCAUUUCCUGUUUUUCAACUUAAAAAGCAUUUGGAGUAGGCUGAUAAUUUGAAAGAGAAUUAAACAUGCAGCUAAUAUUAAACAAAAAAUACCAGUUUAUCAUAAAGGUGAUAAAGGAAGCAUUUUCACAAAGUCUCUGAGCUUCUUAGUCACAAGAACAAAAGCUUUGCUAUAAAUGUUCAGCAACAUUUUUCACAGGAAACUAUUGAACUUCCUUUCAGCCUGUGGUUCAGUGU